AAAAUAAAAAUCCAUCCAACCCAUACAUAGCCAGUAGAUAUUUUAACCUAACCACACUCGAGUUAAAAUUCCAGUAACCAGGGUUAAAAAAGCAGUUUAUAUUGGGUCCUCCUCGUGCCAAUCCAUGGCGAUUAUGACAGUGCCACUAGAGUGAGGGGAAAGAAUAAAAUUGUGGAGUAAAACAUGAUGAUGAUCGGAGAUCCUCCUCGGUCAAAUCCCACCGUCGAAAUCCCAUCUUGGGAUUACCAUUACUUUGAAGAUCCGACGGCCUACAUUCACUCUCCUAUUACCCACAAUGUUGCCGCGAGCAGCCCUGAUGCUUCCCACUACGAGAACGCUUUGGCCGCUCUGCAGCGUUACCUACCGUCCAACAAGGACGACAUCGUACAGGCGGGAGACGAAGAUUCUGAUGAUUUCGAUGUUCCGGUGGACGCCUUCUCAUGCGAUAACUUCCGGAUGUUUGAGUUUAAAGUGAAGAAGUGCGCACGUGCCAGGUCACAUGACUGGACCGAGUGCCCGUUCGCUCAUCCUGGCGAGAAGGCUCGCCGGAGGGACCCGCGUAAGUACCACUAUUCCGGCAACGCGUGCCCGGACUUUCGGAAGGGUUCGUGCAAGAGGGGCGAUGCCUGCGAGUACGCGCACGGCGUAUUCGAGUGCUGGCUCCACCCAGCUCGCUAUCGUACGCAGCCCUGUAAGGAUGGCACCCACUGCCGGCGCCGGGUCUGCUUCUUUGCUCACACACCUGAGCAGCUCCGUGUUCUGCCGUAUAGUCCGGAAGCGUCUCCGGGCCGAACUCACGACUCGUUCAUGUCGAUAGGAUCUUCUCCGAAAUCGACGCUGUAUUCUCCUCCAUUGUCUCCAACGUCCGGUUCGCCGCCGCUCUCACCAGGCGGAUCACUAAGUCUAGGUCGACUCACCGAGUCAAUGCGCGGUCUGCAGCUUAACAAGAUGAAAAUGGGCCUGGGCAUGGGGUUGAGUAUGAGUCCACCGUCUUGGGGGCUCGGGUUUGGAUCGCCCCGGAGCCCGUCAGGUGUCCGACCCGGAUUCAUGAGCCUGCCAACAACUCCUAUCCGCGCCGUAACUCGUCCAACACUCAAUCCGUUCGAUUCAUGGGAAACUUCUUGCAAAGAGGAGCCGGUGAUGGAGAGAGUCGAAUCAGGCAGAGCGCUGCGUGAAAAAAUCUACGCUAAACUAGGAAGAGAGAAUUCAUUGGACCGGGUUGGCCGAGUGGAGUCGGCGGGUGCGGUUCCUGAUGUCGGGUGGGUCUCGGAGCUCCUUAAAUGAGGAAUCGGGCAGGGCAGCCUUUUUAUUGGAUUAAACUCAACUCUACCGAUUGUGAAUAUGUAUUUUUUUGUUCUGAGUUCUGACUCAUUAAAGAUUUCCUGUAAAUACAGUUGUCGGGUCGGGUUAAGUUUUGUUCUGAUUAAUAUCUAAUAUAUCUCUAUGUUGUUAUUCGGAUCUAUCGAGAGAAAGGAAGGGGAAAUUGCAAAGUUUUGUAAUAUUUGUACAUAACAAUUUGAAAGUUGUUGGCGCAGGCUGCGUAAUUA